AUGUUACCAUUGCUGGAUCACAUUGCUAAGCAGAGCAAAUGCAAUAUUGCUGAUGAUCUACACAAAACCCACAUGGCGACGCAGAAGGACAACGAGGAAAAACUAAUCGCGAUGCAAAGUCAACAAGCGGACAUCCAGAAGUCAUUGGAAUCGCAACUGGAAACACAGAUUAAUCUGAAAAAGGAUCAGAGGUCCUUAAUGGAAACUCUUAAGAAGAUGGAGACCCAACAGGCCGCCCUUGUGGGCACUCUUUCCGAAAUUUACACAAAAGUCUUCUGGCCGAAGUUUAAGCAAAUCGGUUCUAGGCUUUUCUACAUCGAUAGCAGCAGCAAAUAUACUUGGGAAGGAGCCGUAAAAGCCUGCCGCCAAUUGGGUGGCUAUAUAGCCGCCAUUAGAGAUCAAGAGGAACUGGAUGCCAUCACAGAGGAACUCGAUGACAAGCGAUAUUGGUUAGGCAUAAAUGAUCGGACCGAAUGGGGCGAUUACGUAUCCGAGGCAUCCGGCAAGAAUGAUCCAUUUUUGAAGUGGCGACAUGGUGAACCCAACAAGCAGGAAGAUAAUGAGCACUGCGUCGAAAUCGAUAACAGCGUAAUGAAUGAUGAGCCGUGUUCCAUGACUCGACAUUUAAUUUGCCAAAGUGAUAAAGAAGUUUAG